UACAUUUCUCUUCACCAAAACACCACACACCUCCAAUCACUUGAGUAACUGAACCCAGAUUUAUAACAAUGGCGGGUAUGUUGAUGAAGAUGGCCUGUGUGAUGGUGGCUUGCAUGGUGGUGUUUGCACCCCAUGCAGAAGCCGCCGUGUCUUGCGGUCAGGUGGCGAGCAGCUUGUUUCCUUGCCUGACAUACCUAAGGAACGGUGGGGUAGUGCCGGAUACCUGUUGUGCUGGUGUUAAGGGACUUAACAGUGCAGCUAAAUCUACAGCUGACAAGAAAACCGCUUGUGGAUGCCUUAAGAAUGCUUAUAAUGCCUUACCUGGAAUACAAGCUCCCCUCGCAUCUAGCCUUCCCAGCAAAUGUGGUGUCUCAAUUCCAUACAAGAUCAGCCCCAAUACUGACUGCAACAAGAUUCGGUAAUGAGUAAUCUAUGGAGGACGAAAAGAAAGAUCGAGUGAUAAAAGGAGACGAGUUUUCAUGUGUUAGAUUUUUCGCUUUACCAAAUAAAUGAUAUAGGGCGCAUUCAGAUAUGACCCUUUCUAGGCCUGUUGUCCUUUGUAUUUGUAGCUCUGUUGUCCUUUAUAUUUCUAAUGUAUUUUCCUUCCACAA